AUGUCAAAAUUUACUGGUAAUGAACUUGAAAUUAAAAUUAAUCCAGAAUUAGAAGAAGAGAUUAAUGGCACAAUUUUAAAUGAAGCUUGUGUUGUAAUUAAUCUCAGGAAAAAUUUUGAUAAAUG